AUGUCACUGUCUCCCAACAAGAUUUUAAUGCUUCAUGGAUUUGCACAAAAUGCUUCCAUCUUCCGGGCGAAAACUAGUCGUCUACGAAAGCUCCUUGAAGGCAAAAGCCUAGAAUUAUACUAUGCAGAUGCUCCUAUCGAACUAAAACCGGAAGAUAAUGGCUCAGAAGUUAUCUCAGCUAUAAAAUUACGAGCUUGGUGGAUCACCGAAUGUCAAAACGGUCAAAAGUCAUUUGACAUCACCCAAGCUAUUACUCUGAUUAAGGAAAUCAUCAUCAAAGAAGGACCUUUUGUAGGGAUCAUUGGCUUUUCACAAGGUGCAGCAUUAGCUCAGAUGAUUGUUAAUAAUAUUAAUGAGUGGGGCAAUGGCGAUACUACUCUCAAGUUUUCCAUAUUUGUUUCAGGGUUUGCGAUGAAAGAGCUGAUGGUAGAUAAACACCAGGAAGUUUUAAACAAUAAAAUAUCACUUCCAAGUAUGAUGGUGAUUGGCGAGUUAGAUACAGUAAUCAGCAACGAACGCUCACUUGAGUUUGUAAAAAAUAAUACAGAGCCAGGAACCAAUAUUGUGGUGAGCCAUCAAGGUGCCCAUAUUUUCCCUAGUUCCAAUACAAUGAUGAAGAAAAUCAGUGAAUGGAUCAGCACAUUUUGUUGA